GUGCUGGCGGUGGUGCGCGGGCGCGCCGAGUGGUUCGACGCGAGCGACGGGGACGCGCCCGCCCACGCCCUCCCCGCCUGCCCCUCCCCCCGCGGCGAGACGGCCUUCGUGGGCCGUGCGCGCGUCGGCGGCGCCCUCGUCCCGGGCCGGGUUCUUAAGAGUGAAGGCGGUUGCAGUAUUUCUUUCAGAGGAAAAGAAAAACUUUUUCGUGAAUAUGAAGUUCUGUCUAUCAUACUUUUCCUUCCUUAUAUUGAUGCUCCAGAAGGUAUGCCGACAGCUGUCCUAAAUAGGGAUCGGAGUCCAUAG